CUGGGCAAAAUGGUUUCCGAGGUCCUCUUCUUCAAAUCUCUCGUCCUCUUCUUCUUUCGUCUUUUCCUCAAACAUUUCAGGACCAACCCAAAGGGUGGUAUUCAAAGAAACUUGAGCCACGCCCAUUCCUUAUCCCAAUCCAAGGUCCAAAGGUUCCCUUCUCUCGCCCGCAGAUCGGACCUAGCCGACCACACUCUCAUCUUCAGCGUCGAAGGAACGCUUCUGAAAUCUUCUUCUUUGUUCCCCUACUUCAUGCUGGUUGCGUUCGAAGCUGGGUGCCUCUUCAGGGCCCUUGUUUUGCUCGUGUUGUACCCAUUUGUUCACUUUGUUGGCUACGAGAUGGGCUUGAAUAUCAUGGUCAUGGUUUGCUUUUUUGGGAUCAGGACAGAGAGUUUUAGAGCUGGAACCGCUGUUCUGCCAAAGUUCUUCCUGGAGGACGUUGGGUCAGAAAGCUUCGAGGUGUUGAGAAGAGGCGGCAAGGCUGUGGGUGUAACCGAUUUGCCUCUGCCAAUGGUGGAGAGUUUUCUGAAGGAUUACUUGGACAUUGAGCACGUAGUUGGCCGAGACCUCAAAGUCUAUCGCGGCUACUUUCUGGGUCUAAUGGAGGAGAAAAAGAAGAUUGUUCUGGAUGACACAAUGGACGACCAUCAAACGAAUAUUGGAAUUACCAAUUCCUUCAAGAAAUCACUUGAUCAUCCCUUGUUUUCUCAUUGCAAGGAGAUUUACUUGGCAACCGAAGCAGACAGGAGGAGCUGGCAUGCCCUGCCAAGGGGCAGAUACCCCAAGCCUCUCAUCUUCCAUGAUGGCAGAUUGGCUUUCAGGCCAACCCCAACGGCAACUCUGGCCAUGUUCAUUUGGGUCCCAUUUGGGAUUAUUCUAGCCAUCUUCAGGUCCCUUGUCGCCUUAUUUUUGCCUUACAGCAUCGUCACACCCAUCGUAGCCUUCACCGGGCUAAGACUCAGGGUCACAAAUUCUCCUCCAAAACCAGACCUUUCCAAGCCAAAAGGCCUUCUCUACGCAUGCAACCACAGGACCCUAAUGGACCCUCUUUGCUUCUCUUUUGGACUGAAGAAGCCCGUCACCGCCGUAACCUACAGCCUGAGCAGAGUAUCUGAGCUGCUGUCGCCAAUCAAGACAGUCCGAUUGACGAGGGACAGAGAUCAAGAUGCCAAGAUGAUGGAGCAAUUGCUGAAUCAAGGGGACAUAAUUGUUUGCCCCGAAGGCACCACUUGCAGAGAACCUUAUCUGCUCAGAUUCAGCCCUUUGUUCUCCCAGUUGAACCAUGACAUAGUGCCGGUGGCGAUGGACACGCGGGCGAGCAUGUUCUAUGGCACCACUGCGAGCGGGUUCAAGUGUCUGGACCCGCUUUUCUUCCUCAUGAACCCGUACCCGAGUUACGCCAUUAAGCUUCUUGACAAGGUCUCCACCUCCGCUACUUUUGGGCAGGAAAGUUCAAGGUUUGAUGUCGCCAAUUUGGUGCAGAGUGAACUCGGCAAAGCUCUGGGGUUUGAAUGUACUAGGCUUACGAGGAAGGACAAGUACUUGAUCUUGGCUGGCAAUGAAGGAAUAGUUAAAAAAAGACGCUAAAACCUAACUAGCACAUAUAUAUAUAUAUAUGUGUGUGUGUGUGUGUGUGUGUGUACGAGUGUAAGUUCUUCCGCAUUAACUUCUGAAUUUGCUGUCUCAUUAAUUUGGAUGGCGAUUAUAUUGAAUUUCACAUGCCCUCUGCAUAUA